AAUAUUUUUUCCCGAAUCAAGCCAUUUACAUCCCAAGCCAAAACCCUAGGGCGAACACGACAUACCCAUAUAAAUACCUUGUUCAGCCUCCAUUUCUUCAUAUUCACCAAAUUAGGGUUUCUGUUUCUGCGAUUUUACUUCAGGAGGACUCUCUUGCAAAGCAACAAUGGCGACCGGUCCUGUAGAGUCGGUGCAAUGCUUCGGGCGCAAGAAGACGGCGGUGGCUGUGACCUACUGCAAGCGGGGGCGUGGUCUGAUCAAGAUCAACGGGUGCCCGAUCGAGCUGGUGGAGCCGGAGAUCCUGAGGUUCAAGGCCUACGAGCCGAUACUCUUGCUUGGAAGGCACCGUUUCGCGGACGUCGACAUGCGGAUUCGUGUAAAGGGUGGAGGCCACACUUCCCAGAUCUACGCCAUCCGCCAGAGCAUAGCCAAGGCUCUCGUUGCGUACUACCAGAAGUAUGUGGACGAACAGAGCAAGAAGGAGAUUAAGGAUAUCCUCGUCAGGUACGACCGGACCUUGCUUGUCGCUGACCCGAGACGCUGUGAGCCCAAGAAGUUCGGUGGUCGCGGUGCCAGGGCUAGGUUCCAGAAGUCAUACCGUUGAGGAAUCGAAAAUCCCAAAUCAAAAGGCAAAGUUUUUAUUUUUAGCUGUUUUGAGGUUAUCGUUUUCGUAUUUAAGGCUUGCAUGCUAAUGGGGUUUCUAGUAUUUUUCUUUUCAUUCAUAAUUAUGGAACUGGCUGUUGGUUGUUGCUUAAGGUUGAUUCGAACUUGGAGAUUUUAGAUAAAAUAUAUGGAAUCCUUUGCUUUA